AUGUCUGCCACCACUACUCCCAGCGACACCCCCAUUGGCACCCCCAUCCAGCCUCUCCAUAACCCUGGACAGGCAGCCCAUGUUGUAGUGCCUCAGGCACCCCUUGGGAAUGCCACAAAUGGCCUGAUGAACCAGGCUCCUGGCAUGGGCGCGAAGGCUCUGCUUGCGAAGAAGUUCGCGAAGUCGCACAACCCCACUUAUGUUUCGCCCACGGACAACAUGGUGACUCCAUGCAGCCAGAAGCUCAAUGCUACUAAGAAGAAGCACUUUGCGAAGGGCGUUGCGAAGCCCAUGCCCUCGCUCUUCUCUCAACAGGACAGCACCGGCUCCGAGUCCGAGUCAGACGAUGUCCCCACCACGCAGUCAACAGAGGCGAAGGUGGCCGAGGACGAGAACCCAUUCUAGACGGCACCGCCUGCCACACAUUUCUUGGAGGUGCCACUGGGGUUGAUCUGUUCCUGUACGACUAUAUGUCUCGCGUCAUCGUAGCUUCGCCGUUCGUUCGUCCUGUUUUGUUUUGCUAUCACGACAUC